GAUUGUGUUUCAACCGUAACACCGUCUUCAGUUUUACGCGAAAAGGAUAGUGUGGACACACCGUUUCCCUCCUUCUGCAACAACGACGCCGUGAGUUUUACCAGCAAUAUCACUUGCCGAACUUCCGUCCUGCCUUUCGGAACUGCGCCGUGCGUUGCUUGUUAUCCGAACCUCGGCCAGCCUCUCCGCCACCGGCGUCUUGGUCGGUCCACGCGGCCAUGAACGAUCGCGACGUCGCCCCCGAUGCGUCUCUCCUCAGGGCCAUCUUCCCUGAGGAUUCCCUAGCCCGUAUCUCAAUUAUCCUCCAAAACUGGGACAAGUGCGUCUUCAAAGCCGAGUUCUCAAAUGGCCAAGCUCCGUGCGUCGUUCGUUUGGAAACCCAAAAGGAAGGGUCCGCUUCGAUGCAGACGGUGGCCGCUAUGCAGCGACUUGCCUCGACACAAAUCCCCAAUCUCAUCCCAGACAUCCUCGCCACCGGAGCUGCGACCAACGACAAAGGCCGGUCUUUUCAGUUCUGCGUGGUGCAGUAUGUGGAAGGACAAACGCUCGAGGAGGUCUGGGAGGAGAUGAGCGAGGCAGACCAGCGCCAUAUUGUCACCUCUCUGGCCGAUGCGAUCAAAAGGCUGCAGUCGGUACGGCUCAGUGACGACACAGUCCGAGCACGCCUUUGCGGCGUUGGAUUGCCGCCCGAGGCGUUGCUAGGUGGCCCUUGGACAGGAUUCCUGGCGGACGGGCCGGCAUUGCUGGAAUUCCUCACUCGGAUGCAGCAGAGGGAAGCAAAGCAGCCUCCCUACGAGGUCGAGCCGUGUGCAGAUCCGAAGGGAACCAGGCUGCGGUCACGUUUCGAAGACCUGGGCUCGAUCACGGUCGAGGACCACGACAUGGCGCAAUGGUCCGGAGAGUCCGUGCUCUGCCACAACGACCUGACUCCCCGCAACCUCAUCGUCCGGCCUUCCUCCAAGACGGGCGAGGAGGGGGGUCCCCGAUACCAGCUUGCUGCCAUCAUCGACUGGGAGGUCGCUGGUUUCUACCCCGCGUCCUAUCAGCUGAGCCUGCAGGAUACAUAUCUCAGCAGUGCGAACCGGCACAUCUCUCUCUACCUCCUCCUGAAGCAGCAUCUGAAGGAGCUCGUCCCCCGCUCUCCGUCGCAGAUCGCUCUCCUGCACGCCAUGGAGUUUGUGUACGAGUCCCGGCAGAAAAGGAUGGCCGAGCGGGGGAACAUCCCUGCCCUGAUCCGGCAAAAAUUUAGAAAGGAACUGCGGCUGGCUCGGGAUGAGGAUCCGUAUACUGGCUGGAUCUGUGAUACGCGGGAGGGACCAGCCCCUAGGCUGUCUGCCUCGGAUAUCGAAAAGAUAGAGACGGAUGUCAUUAAGGCGGUAACAGGUUAGCGGCAAACCUGUCUUGGGAACUUGCAAGAAAGGGAACGACGGGACAGGAAAGGGAAUAGCGGGAAAGGAAAUGGCAGGCAAUAAAAUAGCACAAAUGUGCUGCUCUCUUUCCCAAGCUCGCCAUCCUUUUUUUCUCUCUCAUUCAC